AUGUCGGAUCAGUACAAUCAGGACAAAUUGAAUCAAGACUUUCAAAACACGUCACUUGGGGAUGGAAGAGAUGUGCAGUACCUGCAACUGCAACUGCAACUGCAACUGCAAAACAGCUACAAUCCAACUCAAGCCCAAGCGUUUGUACCAUCUGGUGGGUAUCAGCAAUAUCAAAGCUACCAACCCCAACAGCAAUAUGGUGCAUACAAUCAAGGAGGAUAUCAACAGAGUUACAACAGUAGAGGCGGUUACCAACAAUAUAAUAAUAGAGGUGGGCAACAACAGCAGCAACAAUACAACAGCAGAGGAGGAUAUCAGGGUCUGCAACAAUACAGCGCUUACAAUCCGCAACAGCAAUAUGGUGGGUACCUGGCAUACAAUCCACAAGCCGCCACUUUUGGUGGUGCCCCUCCUCCUCCUCCUCAAUCCCAGCAACAGACAUCUAUGUCCUUAGCUGAUUUCGAAAAACAGAAACAAGAAAAACAAGCAAGUUUGAACAAACCAGUCAAAAAAACAUUAAAAUUGGCCCCAUCCUCGGGAAUCAAGUUGGCUAAUGCUACAAAGAAAACAGAAGGCACUGCUCUUGCUUCUGGAUCUACACCUGCAUCCAAGGAAUCAUCGCCUGCGCCAAUAGCCGAGGUGAAAAAGGAUGACGUCGCUGCCCCAGCAACUGCAACUGCAACAGCUGCAAAGGCAGAAGAGAAGAAAGAAGAAGCAUCUACAGAUGGAGCUUCGGCACCAGUUGAGAGCUCAUCUACCGCAUCUGCUGCACCUGCCGCUUCCAACACGGAUAACGUCCCUGCUCCGAAAUCAACAACAAACGCAUCAACCGCUGACACUUUAGUUAAAGAACAAUUGGAUGAAGUUGAUGAAGAAGUUGUAAAGGAUAUGUUUGGAGGUAAAGAUCACGUUUCCAUUAUUUUUAUGGGACAUGUUGAUGCAGGUAAGUCCACUAUGGGUGGUAAUAUCUUGUACUUGACCGGAUCUGUUGAUAAACGUACAGUUGAAAAGUACGAAAGAGAAGCUAAGGAUGCAGGUAGACAAGGUUGGUAUUUGUCAUGGGUUAUGGAUACCAACAAAGAAGAAAGAAAUGAUGGUAAAACUAUUGAAGUUGGAAAAGCAUAUUUUGAAACUGAGAAGAGAAGAUAUACAAUUUUAGAUGCGCCAGGGCAUAAGAUGUAUGUUUCUGAAAUGAUUGGUGGUGCAUCACAAGCCGAUGUUGGUAUCUUAGUCAUCAGUGCAAGAAAGGGUGAAUAUGAAACAGGAUUUGAGAAAGGAGGACAAACUAGAGAGCAUGCUCUUUUGGCAAAGACUCAAGGUGUCAACAAGAUCGUUGUUGUUGUUAAUAAGAUGGACGAUCCAACAGUCCACUGGUCACAAGAAAGGUAUAAUGAAUGUACUUCCAAAUUGGGUAUGUUUUUGAAAGGUAUUGGAUACAACAAGGAAGAUGUUACUUGCAUGCCUGUUUCUGGGUAUACUGGUGCAGGUUUGAAAGAUCGUGUUUCUCUGGAAGAUUGCCCAUGGUAUAAAGGACCAUCUUUAUUGGAAUUUUUGGACAAUAUGGAUACAAUGAACAGAAAAAUCAAUGGACCUUUCAUGUUACCAAUAUCUGGAAAAAUGAAAGAUAUGGGUACUGUUGUUGAAGGUAAAAUCGAAUCGGGUCAUAUUAGAAAAGGCGGGAACUUGAUAUUGAUGCCUAAUAAAGUCCCAAUUGAAAUAUUGACUAUAUACAAUGAAACCGAACAAGAAUGUGAUACUGCAUUCAGUGGAGAACAAGUGCGUUUGAAGAUCAAGGGUGUUGAAGAAGAAGAUUUACAAGCUGGUUACGUUUUGACCUCACCUAAGAAUCCAGUUAAAACGGUGACACGUUUCGAAGCACAAAUCGCUAUUGUUGAAUUGAAGUCGAUUUUAUCAAAUGGGUUCACUUGUGUUAUGCAUAUACAUACUGCAAUUGAAGAAGUUAAGUUUGUUGAGUUGAAACAUAAAUUGGAAAAAGGUACCAAUAGGAAAUCCAAAAAACCACCAGCAUUUGCCAAAAAGGGUAUGAAGAUUAUUGCCGUUUUGGAAACGAAUGAGUCCGUUUGUGCCGAAACUUAUAAUGAUUAUCCGCAAUUGGGUAGGUUUACUUUGAGGGAUCAAGGUACAACUAUUGCUAUUGGUAAGAUUACUAAAUUGUUGAAGUAG